UUAGGUUGCACGGCGUGGCAGCAGCUUGAUGUUGUAAUGGAGCAUAUCAGCUGAUCCCCUGGGACUGACAGGCUGGGAGCAGCUGAGCCUGGCUUCUCAGGGAUGUACAGCAAGGAACAGGCCUGCUGCAGUCUGUCGUCCGGCUAGCACAUUGACACCAGCCUCCUGUUAUUUCUGAUUCCUGUUAUUUCUGGCGGACAAAACCGAUGACGAGGAUUCACUAUAAAUAGAGAAAAUAAUAAGUCAGUGAGGUGCGUGAUGUGCUGGCUCGAAGCCUCGCUAAUAUGAUACCUCAGAGAGCGUGGCUCAGCAUCUGUUGGACUGAGCUGCGAGAAGAGUCAGAGUGCCGGAACAUUCCACACGGAUGUCACUGCUAACGUUCGGUGUGAACCUCAACGCAUCGAAAAUGGCCGCCUCCUUCCUCAGCGUGGGGCCCGGGGUGGGGCUAGGCAACGCCACAGAGACAAUGGGGUUCCAGACCAUAACCACAGUAACGAAUGGCACUAACGUGACUGCCACCCCGGUCCCUGACGCGGAAGGGGGCAAGUCCAGGAUGGGAUUGAUGCUGGUGCCAUUUGGUAUUGUCACUCUAAUAGCAUUAGCCAUUGCCAUGGUUCUCUACAUCAGGAAGAGGAAGAGGCUAGAGAAGCUACGGCACCAGCUGAUGCCCAUGUAUAACUUUGACCCUGGAGAGGAGCAGGAUGAGCUGGAGCAGGAGUUACUGGAUCACGGCCGAGAGACGGCCUCACAGGGAUCUCAGAGCAAGAUUCUGAUGCCGAAUCAAGGAUCGUUGCAGAGACCGAGCCGACUGGUGUUCUCGGACGUGGCAAACGCCAUCAAUGCUUAACCUCCAACAACGUGCGUCAGCCGGGAAAGAGGCAGAAGUCUAUUUACGUCCAUGUGGAGUUCUUCAGCCCGUGUGUGCUGCGUACGACAACAACAACAACUUAUAUUUAUAUAGCGGCCCUCACACGGGAUAGCGUCCCAGAGCGCUUAAAGUGCUUAGGGUUAUCCUUGCUCCCCUUUAAUUACUCGCUCCCCAAGCCCCCUCUACCCUCCAUCCAUCAUCAGCUCCAACGCUGGUCUGUCCGUCUGAUUC